GCGAAUAUUUCUAAAACUCAAGACGAGCUGUGCGUCAAUGUGGUCCUCUACAAUGGAAAAGACGUUACACACCUGACGUCGUUUGAUGAUUUAUGCCAAAAGGGGGCCUUAACCGUUUUAACCGAGAAACAAAGAUGGAUUAUUCGUGCGUCUUUCCCCAACAACUUGACAAAAACAAUUCACGGAACACCAGCGACGCGGUGAAAAUGGCAUUAUCGAUCUCGACGCUGUCGCUUCUGAUUCUGCUCCCGCACGCCUUAACCUCAACUUCACAUUUGGCUGUCAUCUCCCCCCAGGACCCAGCGCUCCCCAUCGGGUCCAGUCUGACCGUGCUGUGUGCCGUUAGCGCUGAGCUGGGGCUGGCGGCUAGCUCUCUGUACUGGACGCUGAACGGGAGGCGACUGGCCAGGAGCACCUACACGGUGCUCAGUCCGACAGAGCUGAGCGUAACGCUCCACAGACUCAACGGCUCCCAGCAGCAGUCCGGGGACAACUUGGUGUGCCACAGUGACAACGGUGAUGUGCUGGCAGGCUCCUGUAUUUAUGUUGGAAUGCCCCCUGAAAAACCUGAUAACCUGUCCUGCUGGUCUCGGAACACCAAGGACCUUAGCUGCAGAUGGAGUCCGGGAGGUCAGGGCGAGACCUACAUCAGCACCAAAUACAUCCUCAAGUACAAGCUGCGAUGGUACGGCAAAGAGAAGGAGUGUCAGGACUACAACGUGGGCCAGCCAUAUACGUGCUACAUCCCUCGAGAUCUGGCCAUCUUCACGCCAUAUGAGAUUUGGGUGGAGGCUUCCAAUCAGCUUGGCUCUGCCACCUCUGAUGUCAUCAUCUUGGAUAUCUUAGAUGUGGUGACCACUGAUCCCCCUCCUGAUGUCCACGUGACUCGGCUCGGAGAGCUGGACGACCAGUUGAGCGUGCGCUGGGCCAGCCCUCCAGCUCUCAAGGACUUCCUCUUCCAGGCCAAGUACCAGAUCCGCUACCGUCUGGAGGACAGCGCAGAAUGGAAGGUGGUGGAUGACGUGGGGAAUCAGACGUCCUGCCGGUUAGCGGGACUCAAGCCUGGUACGGUGUACUUUGUCCAGGUGCGCUGUAACCCCGUCGGCAUAUAUGGCUCAAAGAAGACAGGGAUCUGGAGCGACUGGAGUCACCCGACAGCUGCCUCCACACCCAACAGCAAGAGGCUGCAGACAGGCUCGUGUGAUCCCAAGUCAGAAGAGCACAAUUCCACGCUGCGGCAGGAGCUGAAGCAGUUCUUCGGCUGGGUGCGCAAACACACCUACGGCUGCACCAACGUCAGCAUCAAACUUUAUGACCAGUGGCGCGUGUGGCUACAGAAGGCGCACAAAACUCGCAAUCUGGUAGGUACUACAAAGCGGUAAAUCUUAGCACAAGUCCAAACAAGACUAAAACAGUUUGCCAACAAAUGUGACUAUGAGGUUUUUUUAUUCACUCUCAAGUGCUUAAGAUAGUUUGUUUUGACAAACCUGAAGGCUCUUUUGAAAGUUUCCAAACGGAGCUUAGAUUAUGGAGAGAGGAGCUGUUAUCGUGUCCCUGUAGCAAAGCUGUGUGUGAUCCCUAAGAACAAAGACAAAGGAGAACGCGCCUGUGAAACCAUUCCAGAGACAAAAGUGCGGAAAGGAAGAGCUGAGAGGUAACCGGAGCACGACCCAGACGUCUUCAUCAGAGGGAACGCAUCAGGCAGGUCGCAAUUGGAAAAGAAAUGGAAUUUGCCCCUGAAGUGGAGUAUCAUCUGUUCAGCAGCUAGCAUCUGGUACCAUUACCGCAAAACCCUGCCAAAAUCAACUCACAAGAGAGUGAAGGGCAGAAACUCUGCUCUGCCUGGACACAUCAACCAAAUAUUGGUUACAACAAUUUGUUGGGAGUAUACCGGUAUACAUUUCAAGGACCCAGAACAAAGACUCAGCGCACAUACACAUGCAGGCUCAGAAGAAAAGUGUUUUAAAAAAUACAAACUCUCCACAGCUAAUCAGUAUAGAGGCAUUGCUGCUUUCAGAUUAAGUUAACAAUGUAACGGCACAAUAAUUCACAGGCUGGUGAAUUAUUAGCUGCAUAUCAUUUGUACAUGUUCUGUUAAAAUAAGUGCAAGAUGAUGUUUCUCCAUUUUAUUUUUGUAUAAAAUCUCAACAUAUUUAA